GCUUAUAUACGCUGUGUUGCGCAGCAAAGGUACAUUUAAACCGGAUUGCGUAUAGUGUGGAGCGUGACAGUGAAGAACACGAGCACGUCGUCCAUACCCACACACCCAUAACGCACCAUCCUGGUUAGACACUACGGCAAGCAUCUCUUGUUUUGCUUCAUUCUCGGUUUUGGGUGUUUUUUCCCCCGGAGACGCGAGAUGUCUAACGUUCAGCUGUCGACCGCUGCGCUGGAAAGGAUAGUCGCACGGAGGACUUUCCCCCUCCACGCUCGGACCGGCGCCUGCAGGAACCUCUUCGGGCCAAUAGACCACGACGAGCUCAACCGGGAUAUGAAGAGCAAACUGCGGGAAAUUUCGGAAAGGGACCAACAGAGGUGGAACUUUAAUUUCGAGGCAAACAGCCCGCUUGUUGGGAAUUACCAAUGGGUGGAGAGCUCCGUGGAGGCGACCCCGGGUUUUUACCAGGACUCCGUGCAGACAGGGAAGACCAGGGUGGCCGCGACGCCCGUCCGAGUUAUGAGCCCCUCGGAGGAGUCAGACAUCCAGGAGAGCCCCGCUAUGGAUGUACCGCCGACCUGCGAGGAGCGUCUGGCCGCGUCCGAGAUCAGCACCGACGCCACUACCUGUCCGGCGGAGGUGAACCAGGAGAACCGCAGGAGCAAGCUCAACUCGGGAAUCCAGACCCGCAGCAGGCAGUCCUCCUCAUGCGUGCGACGCAAGAGGACAGCCGCUCCUGACAACAACAACUCACACAUAACAGACUUCUUCGUGAAACGCAAGAGGUCCACGGAGAACAAAUCGACGGAGAGCCCCUGCCUCUCACCCAAAACUCAAAUCCCAGUAGAGCAAACUCCACGGAGAAGAAUCCGAUGAAGGUCUUUCGCACUAUGUCCCACAAAAUUGAGAGGUUCUGGAAGAAAUUUCUCCUUCUGCAAUGGGCGAACGCGGCGGAGGUUGAGCGCGGAGAAAAAAGAGAGCGGCCCGGGCUCAACGGGUCCGCCGGCGCUGGCUGCACCCGGACCGGAGGACCUCCGGCCCAUUGCCGCCCCAAACACAGGAUUCUCAGGAUUACCGCGGUGUGGAGAGUGAGAGAAUCCGCCGAGUGACUUAUCUUCAGUACAAAUGUAGCAUUCAUUGGUUGCUUUGCGUGCAGCCCACUUGACAGUGUUAAAUGUUUUAACAUCUGUGCAAUCCUAAAUUACUUUAAAAUUGUCUACACUGGCCUAAAAGUGUACAGCUUUAUAGAAACAAAAGCCUAUAAAUGUUUAUUUCUGUUUCAAAGUCUUUCUGUAAAUGUUUAUUUUUAUUGAGACUAUUUUAACUUAUAAUUUAUUUAUGUUUCUUUAUAUUUUAAAUGCCUUGUUGAUUAGCCCAUGGGCAUCGUUUUUAUUUUAUUUACAUGUUGUGGUGUUUUGCAAUCAUGUAGCUUAGCCUAUACACCUGGAAUAGGAUCAUUUGUGUUUCUGAGCCGGUUCCCAUGUCCUUGCCCUCAUUUACUUAUUGCAAUUUUAUUUCAAAACGCUUAUUUCAAAUAAAAAUAUUUUCCAUUUCAAUCA